UUCCAUUUAGUGAGGCUCUAUUGAUAAGCAGUUAUGUGGAUGGCGAUGAUGAGGAAACUCGAAUGAUGCGCCGUGCUAUGGUGCGAUAUAUGUGUUUGGCACAAGUACUGGUCUAUCGAGAUAUCAGUAUACCAGUUCGGAAGCGCUUUCCAACAUACACAGCCAUCGUCAAGGCUGGAUUUAUGACGGCGCGUGAAAUGAAAAAAUUGUCAGAUAUAGAUUUGGAGUACGACAAAUAUUGGGUACCAAUCAACUGGACAUUUACACUUUUUCACAAUGCGCGGCGAGCCAAGAAAAUUAGUAGCGAUGUGAUGACCAAUAAAUUAUGUGAUGAACUGCGAGUUUUUCGGCAGAGUUUACAAGUUGUAUGCAAUUAUGACUGGAUAGAUUUACAUGUUCCCGUGAUGACAAUAAUUCAAUUUAUCUUUUUUGUUGGAUGGCUUAAAGCUGCAGAAGUGUUGCUGAAUCCGAUGGGUGAGGAUGACGACGAUUUCGAAUGCAAUUAUCUAAUCGACAAAAAUCUUGCGACAGCACUGAGCAUAGUGGAUGAAUCGAAGAAGCACACGCCAUCAAUUAAGCCGGAUCAGUUCCUGUCACGCGGCCACGUGGAUGCCAUGUAUUCACGGUGCUCUAUCGACGAUGCAGUUCGCCCACUAGUUGGUUCAGCUGUGCAUGCGAAGUUUUCAUCAGAUGAUCGCAAUCUCAUAUUACCACAUGAAAGUAUGUUCGACGGUGUUCAGAUAUUCUGAGU